AUGUUUGUUUUUGCGACAAAUGGACAAAUUGUGCCUAAAAACCCUUUGGAGAGCAACAUAUUAAGUUUUUUGAAGAAAUGGCAAGCGGGAAGUACGACAGAUGUGUUACCGAUUCCAUCAUUGAAGACUGUCAAGAUUCCACCAGUUGAAUAUUAUUACGAAGGGAGAGGGCUUAAGUUAGAUUAUUCCAUUGGGGAGAUGCUACUAAUUGGACUCGAUAGAUUCACAAUUGAAAACAUCGCUGGUUCAGUAAAGGCUUUGGAGGUAUCUUUGACGCUUCGUUUCCCAGUUUUAACUCUCGCUUCCGAAAGUUACAAAAUAAAAGGAUGGGCGUAUUAUUUAUAUCCACUAAGAGGAUCUGGCAGAAUGCAAUUGAUAUUUCGAGAUUCCGUAAUAACAGCAAAAGCACGUUUUGGUAAAACUAAAGACGCCGGUACCACAAUGCAGAACUUUUUACUUACAUUCGACGUAAAGAAAAUAGAGGCAACCCUGGAGAACAGUUUCUGGCCCAUAAACAGGAUCUUAAACAGCGAAGGCGUCGAGAUCCUUGAAGGUUAUCGUGGCACGAUAGCCGAAGCUUUAAGGAGUUACGUAGUGCCAACUGUAAACGACUAUUUGGCAAAAGUGCCAUACGCGCAAUUUUUGCAGAUAGCGAGU